GUUAUAGCUGUGGUGUCUAAGGAGAUGAAAAGCACAAGGUGUGAGUAUAAAAGGAGUCGCCUCUCUCUGGUGCUACCCUAGGGAAAACCUGAAGUGAUAGCAGAACAAAUGAGGAGUGGGAAAGAAAUAGAUGUUCAUCAUCAAGGUACUGCAUGACUGGGGAAAAAGAAGCGUAUGACCAUCAUUUUAUUGCCAUCUUUACCCAGCGCUGCUUCCAAACAGCCUAGAACUGUUUCCAUUCUUCUGUUGUUUCUGUUGCUCAGCUGAACACAUGAUUUCUGACACAAGAAAGAAGAUAUGGCUCUUUGUUGCUGUGAUGUAUUUGUUGCAGGGAAUUACUUAUUCAGAAGAACUCAGAAGAACUCAGAGAGCUGUGGAUCCUGAAGCAUUUAUGAAUAUUAAUGAGCUCAUUACUUACAAGGGGUACCCUAGUGAGGAGUAUGAAGUGACAACAGAAGAUGGCUAUACUAUUACCCUCAACCGGAUCCCUUAUGGUACACAGAAUCAGGGAAACCCAGCUUUAAAACCUGCUGUGUUUCUCCAACAUGGAUUACUGGGAGACGCUAGUAACUGGGUCACAAACCUGCCCAACAACAGCUUGGGAUUCCUACUAGCUGAUGCUGGUUUUGACGUUUGGAUGGGAAAUAGCAGAGGGAAUCGCUGGUCCAGAAAGCAUCAAAAUCAUUCCAUUGAUCAAGACGAAUUCUGGGCUUUCAGUUUUGAUGAGAUGGCAAAGUUUGAUCUUCCAGCAGCAAUAAAUUUCAUUGUGGAGAAAACAGGACAGGAAAAGUUGUACUAUAUUGGCUAUUCACAAGGUACUACCAUCGCUUUCAUUGCUUUUUCAACAAUGCCAGAGCUGGCUCAAAAAAUCAAACUGUAUUUGGCAUUGGCACCUGUUGCUACUAUUAAGUACGCUAGAAGCCCAGUGACAAAACUUCUCUACCUUCCAGAAACAUUGCUCAGGGGUUUGCUUGGCAAAAGAGAAUUCCUUCCUCAGACUGAGUGUCUGAGAAGGCUAAUAGUUCCUGUCUGCAGCAACCCUGCUUUUGUCAGGCUUUGUAGAAGUGUCUUCUUCGGUCUGGGCGGCUGUAACCUGAGAAACAUUGACGUGAAUCGAAUCAAUGUGUAUAUUGCACAAACCACUGCUGGAACUUCUGUGCAGAACAUAGUCCACUGGAGUCAGGAAGCCCAUUCAGGGAAGUUCCAAGCUUAUGACUGGGGCAGUUCAAAGAAGAACAUGGAAAAAUACCAACAGGCUACUCCUCCUCUCUACAAUGUAGAAGAGAUGACUGUACCAACAGCAGUAUGGACUGGGGGGCAAGACUUGCUUGCAGAUCCCAAGGAUGCAGCCAUUUUACUGUCUCAAAUUAAAAGGCUCAUCUACCACAAAAGGAUUCCUGGAUGGGCACACCUGGAUUUCAUCUGGGGAUUGGAUGCACCUUUGCACGUGUACAAUGAAGUUAUUGAUCUGAUGCAGAAGAAUGCUUAACCCACAACCAGUAGCCAUACCUGAUUCAUGCUAAGACGCUUGUUUUCACUGAGUAUACACAACACUUUGCAUCUGAUGGUUUCUGUUGGAGUCAGAGAAUGGGUUCCUCCUGAUGUUAAUUUCCCAAUACAUGUCACUGCAAUGCCUUUUGCAUCCUGAUGAUGCACUUCAUAUAUUCUGGUAACCUUGUGGAUCAGUAAUCACUUUUUAAUUGGUACAUCCUCAUUCUGCAAUAACUGUACUUUGCUGACAGAAGAAAGGUUUUUUUUUGCAGCCUGCUUUCUUCUUUAAACCCUAACAAUAGUGAAAGCACUGACUUUCUCUGGAUAUGUGAACACCACAGAGUUCAAGGUGUUUUCCAUUUUUUGUAUUGUUUCUCAGUUUAUGGGGCUUGCAGUUAUUGCAAAGUAAGCCAAGACUAACUCUA